AUGGACACCUUCCUUCCCUCAGUUCCUUCCCUCAGUUCCUUCCCACAGUUCCUUCCCUCAGUUCCUUCCCUCAGUUCCCUCCCUCAGUUCCUUCCCUCAGUUCCUUCCCUCAGUUCCUUCCCUCAGUUCUUUCCCUCAGUUCCUUCCCUCAGUUCCUUCCCUCAGUUCCUUCCCUCAGUUCCCUCCCUCAGUUCCCUCCCUCAGUUCCUUCCCUCAGUUCCUUCCCUCAGUUCCUUCCCUCAGUUCCCUCCCUCAGUUCGUUCCCUCAGUUCCUUCCCUCAGUUCCCUCCCUCAGUUCCCUCCCUCAGUUCCUUCCCUCAGUUCCUUCUCUCAGUUCCUUCCCUCAGUUCCUUCCCUCAGUUCCUUCCCUCAGUUCCCUCCCUCAGUUCCCUCCCUCAGUUCCUUCCCUCAGUUCCUUCCCUCAGUUCCUUCCCUCAGUUCCUUCCCUCAGUUCCUUCCCUCAGUUCCUUCCCUCAGUUCCUUCCCUCAGUCCCCUCCCUCAGUUCCUUCCCUCAGUUCCUUCCCUCAGUUCCCUCCCUCAGUUCCUUCCCUCAGUUCCUUCCCUCAGUUCCCUCCCUCAGUUCCCUCCCUCAGUUCCUUCCCUCAGUUCCUUCCCUCAGUUCCUUCCCUCAGUUCCUUCCCUCAGUUCCUUCCCUCAGUUCCCUCCCUCAGUUCCCUCCCUCAGUUCCUUCCCUCAGUUCCUUCCUUCAGUUCCUUCCCUCAGUUCCCUCCCUCAGUUCCUUCCCUCAGUUCCUUCUCUCGGUUCCUUCUCUCGGUUCCUUCCCUCAGUUCCUUCCUUCAGUUCCUUCCCUCAGUUCCCUCCCUCAGUUCCUUCCCUCAGUUCCUUCUCUCGGUUCCUUCUCUCGGUUCCUUCCCUCAGUUCCUUCCCUCAGUUCCUUCCUUCAGUUCCUUGCCUCAGUUCCUUCCCUCAGUUCCCUCCCUCAGUUCCCUCCCUCAGUUCCUUCCCUCAGUUCCUUCCCUCAGUUCCUUCCCUCAGUUCCCUCCCUCAGUUCCCUCCCUCAGUUCCGUCCCUCAGUUCCUUCCCUCAGUUCCUUCCUCAGUUCCCUCCCUCAGUUCCCUCCCUCAGUUCCGUCCCUCAGUUCCUUCCCUCAGUUCCUUCCCUCAAUUCCCUCCCUCAGUUCCUUCCCUCAGUUCCUUCCCUCAGUUCCUUCCCUCAGUUCCUUCCCUCAGUUCCUUCCCUCAGUUCCCUCCCUCAGUUCCCUCCCUCAGUUCCUUCCCUCAGUUCCUUCCCUCAGUUCCUUCCCUCAGUUCCUUCCCUCAGUUCCUUCCCUCAGUUCCUUCCCUCAGUUCCCUCCCUCAGUUCCCUCCCUCAGUUCCCUCCCUCAGUUCCUUCCCUCAGUUCCUUCCCUCAGUUCCCUCCCUCAGUUCCUUCCUUCAGUUCCUUCCCUCAGUUCCUUCCCUCAGUUCCUUCCCUCAGUUCCUUCCCUCAGUUCCCUCCCUCAGUUCCUUCCCUCAGUUCCUUCCUUCAGUACCCUCCCUCAGUUCCUUCCUUUAGUUCCUUCCCUCAGUUCCCUCCUCAGUUCCCUCCCUCAGUUCCCUCCCUCAGUUCCCUCCCUCAGUUCCCUCCCUCAGUUCCUUCCCUCAGUUCCUUCCUUCAGUUCCUUCCCUCAGUUCCCUCCCUCAGAUCCUUCCCUCAGUUCCCUCCCUCAGUUCCCUCCCUCAGUUCCUUCCCUCAGUUCCUUCCCUCAGUUCCCUCCCUCAGUUCCUUCCCUCAGUUCCUUCUCUCAGUUCCUUCCCUCAGCUCCUUCCCUCAGUUCCCUCCCUCAGUUCCCUCCCUCAGUUCCCUCCCUCAGUUCCUUCCCUCAGUUCCUUCCCUCAGUUCCUUCCCUCAGUUCCUUCCCUCAGUUCCUUCCCUCAGUUCUCUCCCUCAGUUCCCUCCCUCAGUUCCUUCCCUCAGUUCCUUCCCUCAGUUCCUUCCCUCAGUUCCUUCCCUCAGUUCCUUCCCUCAGUUCCUUCCCUCAGUUCCCUCCCUCAGUUCCCUCCCUCAGUUCCUUCCCUCAGUUCCUUCCCUCAGUUCCUUCCCUCAGUUCCCUCCCUCAGUUCGUUCCCUCAGUUCCUUCCCUCAGUUCCCUCCCUCAGUUCCCUCCCUCAGUUCCUUCCCUCAGUUCCUUCUCUCAGUUCCUUCCCUCAGUUCCUUCCCUCAGUUCCUUCCCUCAGUUCCCUCCCUCAGUUCCCUCCCUCAGUUCCUUCCCUCAGUUCCUUCCCUCAGUUCCUUCCCUCAGUUCCUUCCCUCAGUUCCUUCCCUCAGUUCCUUCCCUCAGUUCCUUCCCUCAGUCCCCUCCCUCAGUUCCUUCCCUCAGUUCCUUCCCUCAGUUCCCUCCCUCAGUUCCUUCCCUCAGUUCCUUCCCUCAGUUCCCUCCCUCAGUUCCCUCCCUCAGUUCCUUCCCUCAGUUCCUUCCCUCAGUUCCUUCCCUCAGUUCCUUCCCUCAGUUCCUUCCCUCAGUUCCCUCCCUCAGUUCCCUCCCUCAGUUCCUUCCCUCAGUUCCUUCCUUCAGUUCCUUCCCUCAGUUCCCUCCCUCAGUUCCUUCCCUCAGUUCCUUCUCUCGGUUCCUUCUCUCGGUUCCUUCCCUCAGUUCCUUCCUUCAGUUCCUUCCCUCAGUUCCCUCCCUCAGUUCCUUCCCUCAGUUCCUUCUCUCGGUUCCUUCUCUCGGUUCCUUCCCUCAGUUCCUUCCCUCAGUUCCUUCCUUCAGUUCCUUGCCUCAGUUCCUUCCCUCAGUUCCCUCCCUCAGUUCCCUCCCUCAGUUCCUUCCCUCAGUUCCUUCCCUCAGUUCCUUCCCUCAGUUCCCUCCCUCAGUUCCCUCCCUCAGUUCCGUCCCUCAGUUCCUUCCCUCAGUUCCUUCCCUCAGUUCCCUCCCUCAGUUCCCUCCCUCAGUUCCGUCCCUCAGUUCCUUCCCUCAGUUCCUUCCCUCAAUUCCCUCCCUCAGUUCCUUCCCUCAGUUCCUUCCCUCAGUUCCUUCCCUCAGUUCCUUCCCUCAGUUCCUUCCCUCAGUUCCCUCCCUCAGUUCCCUCCCUCAGUUCCUCCUCAGUUCCUUCCCUCAGUUCCUUCCCUCAGUUCCUUCCCUCAGUUCCUUCCCUCAGUUCCUUCCCUCAGUUCCCUCCCUCAGUUCCCUCCCUCAGUUCCCUCCCACAGUUCCUUCCCUCAGUUCCUUCCCUCAGUUCCCUCCCUCAGUUCCUUCCUUCAGUUCCUUCCCUCAGUUCCUUCCCUCAGUUCCUUCCCUCAGUUCCUUCCCUCAGUUCCCUCCCUCAGUUCCUUCCCUCAGUUCCUUCCUUCAGUACCCUCCCUCAGUUCCUUCCUUUAGUUCCUUCCCUCAGUUCCCUCCCUCAGUUCCCUCCCUCAGUUCCCUCCCUCAGUUCCCUCCCUCAGUUCCUUCCCUCAGUUCCUUCCUUCAGUUCCUUCCCUCAGUUCCCUCCCUCAGUUCCUUCCCUCAGUUCCCUCCCUCAGUUCCCUCUCUCAGUUCCUUCCCUCAGUUCCUUCCCUCAGUUCCUUACCUCAGUUCCCUCCCUCAGUUCCCCUCCCUGAGUUCCUUCCCUCAGUUCCUUCACUCAGUUCCUUCCCUCAGUUCCUUCCCUCAGUUCCUUCCCUCAGUUACCUCCCUCAGUUCCUUCCCUCAGUUCCUUCCCUCAGUUCCUUCCCUCAGUUCCUUCCCUCAGUUCCCUCCCUCAGUUCCCUCCCUCAGUUCCUUCCCUCAGUUCCUUCCCUCAGUUCCUUCCCUCAGUUCCUUCCCUCAGUUCCUUCCCUCAGUUCCUUCCCUCAGUUCCCUCCCUCAGUUCCCUCCCUCAGUUCCCUCCCUCAGUUCCCUCCCUCAGUUCCUUCCCUCAGUUCCUUCCUUCAGUUCCUUCCCUCAUUCCUUCCCUCAGUUCCUUCCCUCAGUUCCUUCCCUCAGUUACCUCCCUCAGUUCCUUCCCUCAGUUCCUUCCCUCAGUUCCUUCCCUCAGUUCCUUCCCUCAGUUCCCUCCCUCAGUUCCCUCCCUCAGUUCCUUCCCCCAGUUCCUUCCCUCAGUUCCUUCCCUCAGUUCCUUCCCUCAGUUCCUUCCCUCAGUUCCUUCCCUCAGUUCCCUCCCUCAGUUCCCUCCCUCAGUUCCCUCCCUCAGUUCCUUCCCUCAGUUCCUUCCCUCAGUUCCCUCCCUCAGUUCCUUCCUUCAGUUCCUUCCCUCAGUUCCUUCCCUCAGUUCCUUCCCUCAGUUCCUUCCCUCAGUUCCCUCCCUCAGUUCCUUCCCUCAGUUCCUUCCUUCAGUACCCUUCCUCAGUUCCUUCCUUUAGUUCCUUCGCUCAGUUCCUUCCCUCAGUUCCCUCCCUCAGUUCCCUCCCUCAGUUCCUUCCCUCAGUUCCUUCCUUCAAUUCCUUCCCUCAGUUCCCUCCCUCAGUUCCUUCCCUCAGUUCCUUCCCUCAGUUCCCUCCCUCAGUUCCCUCCCUCAGUUCCGUCCCUCAGUUCCUUCCCUCAGUUCCUUCCCUCAAUUCCCUCCCUCAGUUCCUUCCCUCAGUUCCUUCCCUCAGUUCCUUCCCUCAGUUCCUUCCCUCAGUUCCUUCCCUCAGUUCCUUCCCUCAGUUCCUUCCCUCAGUUCCUUCCCUCAGUUCCCUCCCUCAGUUCCCUCCCUCAGUUCCCUCCCUCAGUUCCCUCCCUCAGUUCCUUCCCUCAGUUCCUUCCCUCAGUUCCUUCCCUCAGUUCCUUCCCUCAGUUCCUUCCCUCAGUUCCUUCCCUCAGUUCCCUCCCUCAGUUCCCUCCCUCAGUUCCUUCCCUCAGUUCCUUCCCUCAGUUCCUUCCCUCAGUUCCUUCCCUCAGUUCCCUCCCUCAGUUCCCUCCCUCAGUUCCUUCCCUCAGUUCCUUCCCUCAGUUCCCUCCCUCAGUUCCUUCCCUCAGUUCCUUCUCUCAGUUCCUUCCCUCAGUUCCUUCCCUCAGUUCCCUCCCUCAGUUCCCUCCCUCAGUUCCCUCCCUCAGUUCCUUCCCUCAGUUCCUUCCCUCAGUUCCUUCCCUCAGUUCCUUCCCUCAGUUCCUUCCCUCAGUUCUCUCCCUCAGUUCCCUCCCUCAGUUCCUUCCCUCAGUUCCUUCCCUCAGUUCCUUCCCUCAGUUCCUUCCCUCAGUUCCUUCCCUCAGUUCCUUCCCUCAGUUCCCUCCCUCAGUUCCCUCCCUCAGUUCCUUCCCUCAGUUCCUUCCCUCAGUUCCUUCCCUCAGUUCCCUCCCUCAGUUCGUUCCCUCAGUUCCUUCCCUCAGUUCCCUCCCUCAGUUCCCUCCCUCAGUUCCUUCCCUCAGUUCCCUCCCUCAGUUCCUUCCCUCAGUUCCCUCCCUCAGUUCCCUCUCUCAGUUCCUUCCCUCAGUUCCUUCCCUCAGUUCCUUCCCUCAGUUCCCUCCCUCAGUUCCCCUCCCUGAGUUCCUUCCCUCAGUUCCUUCCCUCAGUUCCUUCCCUCAGUUCCUUCCCUCAGUUCCUUCCCUCAGUUCCUUCCCUCAGUUCCCUCCCUCAGUUCCCCUCCCUGAGUUCCUUCCCUCAGUUACCUCCCUCAGUUCCUUCCCUCAGUUCCUUCCCUCAGUUCCUUCCCUCAGUUCCUUCCCUCAGUUCCCUCCCUCAGUUCCUUCCCUCAGUUCCUUCUCUCAGUUCCUUCCCUCAGUUCCCUCCCUCAGUUCCUUCCCUCAGUUCCUUCCCUCAGUUCCCUCCCUCAGUUCCUUCCCUCAGUUCCUUCCCUCAGUUCCCUCCCUCAGUUUCCUCCCUCAGUUCCUUCCCUCAGUUCCUUCCCUCAGUUCCUUCCCUCAGUUCCUUCCCUCAGUUCCCUCCCUCAGUUCCUUCCCUCAGUUCCUUCCUUCAGUUCCUUCCCUCAGUUCCCUCCUUCAGUUCCUUCCCUCAGUUCCUUCCCUCAGUUCCUUCCUUCAGUUCCUUGCCUCAGUUCCUUCCCUCAGUUCCCUCCCUCAGUUCCCUCCCUCAGUUCCUUCCCUCAGUUCCUUCCCUCAGUUCCUUCCCUCAGUUCCCUCCCUCAGUUCCCUCCCUCAGUUUCCGUCCCUCAGUUCCUUCCCUCAGUUCCUUCCCUCAGUUCCCUCCCUCAGUUCCCCCUCCCUCAGUUCCGUCCCUCAGUUCCUUCCCUCAGUUCCUUCCCUCAAUUCCCUCCCUCAGUUCCUUCCCUCAGUUCCUUCCCUCAGUUUUUCCCUCAGUUCCUUCCCUCAGUUCCUGUCCCUCAGUUCCCUCCCUCAGUUCCCUCCUCAGUUCCUUCCCUCAGUUCCUUCCCUCAGUUCCUUCCCUCAGUCCUUCCCUCAGUUCCUUCCCUCAGUUCCUUCCCUCAGUUCCUUCCCUCAGUUCCUUCCUCAGUUCCCUCCCUCAGUUCCCUCCCUCAGUUCCCUCCCUCAGUUCCUUCCCUCAGUUCCUUCCUUCAGUUCCUUCCCUCAGUUCCCUCCCUCAGUUCCUUCCCUCAGUCCUUCCCUCAGUAACUCCCUCAGUCCUUCCCUCAGUUCCUUCCCUCAGUUCCUUCCCUCAGUUCCUUCCCUCAGUUCCCUCCCCUCAGUUCCCUCCCUCAGUGUCCUUCCCUCCUCAGUUCCUUCCCUCAGUUCCUUCCCUCAGUUCCUUCCCUCAGUUCCCUCCCUCAGUUCCCUCCCUCAGUUUCCUUCCCUCAGUUCCUUCCCUCAGUUCUUCCCUCAGUUCCUCCCUCAGUUCCUCCCUCAGUUCCUUCCCUCAGUUCCUUCCCUCAGUUCCUUCCCCUCAGUUCCUUCCCUCAGUUCCUUCCUUCAGUUCCUUCCCUCAGUUCCUUCCCUCAGUUCCCUUCCUCAGUUCCUUCCCUCAGUUCCUUCCUUCAGUUCCUUCCUCAGUUCCUUCCCUCAGUUCCUUCCCUCAGUUCCCUCCUCAGUUCCUUCCCUCAGUUCCUUCCUUCAGUUCCUUCCCUCAGUUCCCUCCCUUCAGUUCCCUCCUCCGUUCCUCCCUCAGUCCUUCCCUCAGUUCCUUCCCUCAGUUCCUUCCUCAGUUCCCUCCCUCACGUUCCCUCCCUCAGUUCCGUCCCUCAGUUCCUUCCCUCAGUUCCUUCCCUCAGUUCCCUCCCUCAGUUCCCUCCCUCAGUUCCUCCCUCAGUUCCUUCCCUCAGUUCCUUCCCUCAGUUCCUCUCCCUCAGUUCCUUCCCUCAGUUCCUUCCCUCAGUUCCUUCCCUCAGUUCCUUCCCUCAGUUCCCUCCCUCAGUUCCCUCCCUCAGUUCCUUCCCUCAGUUCCUUCCCUCAGUUCCUUCCCUCAGUUCCUUCCCUCAGUUCCUUCCCUCAGUUCCUUCCCUCAGUUCCUUCCCUCAGUUCCUUCCCUCAGUUCCUUCCCUCAGUUCCCUCCCUCAGUUCCCUCCCUCAGUUCCUUCCCUCAGUUCCUUCCCUCAGUUCCUUCCCUCAGUUCCUUCCCUCAGUUCCUUCCCUCAGUCUUCCCUCAGUUCCUCCCUCAGUUCCCUCCCUCAGUUCCUUCCCUCAGUUCCUUCCCUCAGUUCCUUCCCUCAGUUCCUUCCCUCAGUUCCUUCCCUCAGUUCCUUCCCUCAGUUCCCUCCCUCAGUUCCCUCCCUCAGUUCCUUCCCUCAGUUCCUUCCCUCAGUUCCUUCCCUCAGUUCCUUCCCUCAGUUCCCUCCCUCAGUUCCCUCCCUCAGUUCCCUCCCUCAGUUCCUUCCCUCAGUUCCUUCCUUCAGUUCCUUCCCUCAGUUCCCUCCCUCAGUUCCUUCCCUCAGUUCCCUCCCUCAGUUCCCUCUCUCAGUUCCUUCCCUCAGUUCCUUCCCUCAGUUCCUUCCCUCAGUUCCCUCCCUCAGUUCCCCUCCCUGAGUUCCUUCCCUCAGUUCCUUCCCUCAGUUCCUUCCCUCAGUUCCUUCCCUCAGUUCCCUCCCUCAGUUCCCUCCCUCAGUUCCGUCCCUCAGUUCCUUCCCUCAGUUCCUUCCCUCAAUUCCCUCCCUCAGUUCCUUCCCUCAGUUCCUUCCCUCAGUUCUUUCCCUCAGUUCCUUCCCUCAGUUCCCUCCCUCAGUUCCGUCCCUCAGUUCCUUCCCUCAGUUCCUUCCCUCAGUUCCCUCCCUCAGUUCCCUCCCUCAGUUCCGUCCCUCAGUUCCUUCCCUCAGUUCCUUCCCUCAAUUCCCUCCCUCAGUUCCUUCCCUCAGUUCCUUCCCUCAGUUCUUUCCCUCAGUUCCUUCCCUCAGUUCCUUCCCUCAGUUCCCUCCCUCAGUUCCCUCCCUCAGUUCCUUCCCUCAGUUCCUUCCCUCAGUUCCUUCCCUCAGUUCCUUCCCUCAGUUCCUUCCCUCAGUUCCUUCCCUCAGUUCCUUCCCUCAGUUCCUUCCCUCAGUUCCCUCCCUCAGUUCCCUCCCUCAGUUCCCUCCCUCAGUUCCUUCCCUCAGUUCCUUCCCUCAGUUCCUUCCCUCAGUUCCUUCCCUCAGUUCCUUCCCUCAGUUCUCUCCCUCAGUUCCCUCCCUCAGUUCCUUCCCUCAGUUCCUUCCCUCAGUUCCUUCCCUCAGUUCCUUCCCUCAGUUCCUUCCCUCAGUUCCUUCCCUCAGUUCCCUCCCUCAGUUCCCUCCCUCAGUUCCUUCCCUCAGUUCCUUCCCUCAGUUCCUUCCCUCAGUUCCUUCCCUCAGUUCCCUCCCUCAGUUCCCUCCCUCAGUUCCCUCCCUCAGUUCCUUCCCUCAGUUCCUUCCUUCAGUUCCUUCCCUCAGUUCCCUCCCUCAGUUCCUUCCCUCAGUUCCCUCCCUCAGUUCCCUCUCUCAGUUCCUUCCCUCAGUUCCUUCCCUCAGUUCCUUCCCUCAGUUCCCUCCCUCAGUUCCCCUCCCUGAGUUCCUUCCCUCAGUUCCUUCCCUCAGUUCCUUCCCUCAGUUCCUUCCCUCAGUUACCUCCCUCAGUUCCUUCCCUCAGUUCCUUCCCUCAGUUCCUUCCCUCAGUUCCUUCCCUCAGUUCUCUCCCUCAGUUCCCUCCCUCAGUUCCUUCCCUCAGUUCCUUCCCUCAGUUCCUUCCCUCAGUUCCUUCCCUCAGUUCCUUCCCUCAGUUCCUUCCUUUAGUUCCUUCCCUCAGUUCCCUCCCUCAGUUCCCUCCCUCAGUUCCCUCCCUCAGUUCCCUCCCUCAGUUCCUUCCCUCAGUUCCUUCCUUCAGUUCCUUCCCUCAGUUCCCUCCCUCAGUUCCUUCCCUCAGUUCCCUCCCUCAGUUCCCUCUCUCAUUCCUUCCCUCAGUUCCUUCCCUCAGUUCCUUCCCUCAGUUACCUCCCUCAGUUCCUUCCCUCAGUUCCUUCCCUCAGUUCCUUCCCUCAGUUCCUUCCCUCAGUUCCCUCCCUCAGUUCCCUCCCUCAGUUCCUUCCCUCAGUUCCUUCCCUCAGUUCCUUCCCUCAGUUCCCUCCCUCAGUUCCCUCCCUCAGUUCCUUCCCUCAGUUCCUUCCCUCAGUUCCUUCCCUCAGUUCCUUCCCUCAGUUCCUUCCCUCAGUUCCUUCCCUCAGUUCCUUCCCUCAGUUCCCUCCCUCAGUUCCCUCCCUCAGUUCCCUCCCUCAGUUCCUUCCCUCAGUUCCUUCCCUCAGUUACCUCCCUCAGUUCCUUCCCUCAGUUCCUUCCCUCAGUUCCUUCCCUCAGUUCCUUCCCUCAGUUCCCUCCCUCAGUUCCCUCCCUCAGUUCCUUCCCUCAGUUCCUUCCCUCAGUUCCUUCCCUCAGUUCCUUCCCUCAGUUCCUUCCCUCAGUUCCUUCCCUCAGUUCCUUCCCUCAGUUCCCUCCCUCAGUUCCUGCCCUCAGUUCCUUCCUUCAGUUCCUUCCCUCAGUUCCCUCCUUCAGUUCCUUCCCUCAGUUCCUUCCCUCAGUUCCUUCCUUCAGUUCCUUGCCUCAGUUCCUUCCCUCAGUUCCCUCCCUCAGUUCCCUCCCUCAGUUCCUUCCCUCAGUUCCUUCCCUCAGUACCUUCCCUCAGUUCCCUCCCUCAGUUCCCUCCCUCAGUUCCGUCCCUCAGUUCCUUCCCUCAGUUCCUUCCCUCAGUUCCCUCCCUCAGUUCCCUCCCUCAGUUCCGUCCCUCAGUUCCUUCCCUCAGUUCCUUCCCUCAAUUCCCUCCCUCAGUUCCUUCCCUCAGUUCCUUCCCUCAGUUCUUUCCCUCAGUUCCUUCCCUCAGUUCCUUCCCUCAGUUCCCUCCCUCAGUUCCCUCCCUCAGUUCCUUCCCUCAGUUCCUUCCCUCAGUUCCUUCCCUCAGUUCCUUCCCUCAGUUCCUUCCCUCAGUUCCUUCCCUCAGUUCCUUCCCUCAGUUCCUUCCCUCAGUUCCCUCCCUCAGUUCCCUCCCUCAGUUCCCUCCCUCAGUUCCUUCCCUCAGUUCCUUCCCUCAGUUCCUUCCCUCAGUUCCUUCCCUCAGUUCCUUCCCUCAGUUCUCUCCCUCAGUUCCCUCCCUCAGUUCCUUCCCUCAGUUCCUUCCCUCAGUUCCUUCCCUCAGUUCCUUCCCUCAGUUCCUUCCCUCAGUUCCUUCCCUCAGUUCCCUCCCUCAGUUCCCUCCCUCAGUUCCUUCCCUCAGUUCCUUCCCUCAGUUCCUUCCCUCAGUUCCUUCCCUCAGUUCCCUCCCUCAGUUCCCUCCCUCAGUUCCCUCCCUCAGUUCCUUCCCUCAGUUCCUUCCUUCAGUUCCUUCCCUCAGUUCCCUCCCUCAGUUCCUUCCCUCAGUUCCCUCCCUCAGUUCCCUCUCUCAGUUCCUUCCCUCAGUUCCUUCCCUCAGUUCCUUCCCUCAGUUCCCUCCCUCAGUUCCCCUCCCUGAGUUCCUUCCCUCAGUUCCUUCCCUCAGUUCCUUCCCUCAGUUCCUUCCCUCAGUUCCCUCCCUCAGUUCCCUCCCUCAGUUCCGUCCCUCAGUUCCUUCCCUCAGUUCCUUCCCUCAAUUCCCUCCCUCAGUUCCUUCCCUCAGUUCCUUCCCUCAGUUCUUUCCCUCAGUUCCUUCCCUCAGUUCCCUCCCUCAGUUCCGUCCCUCAGUUCCUUCCCUCAGUUCCUUCCCUCAGUUCCCUCCCUCAGUUCCCUCCCUCAGUUCCGUCCCUCAGUUCCUUCCCUCAGUUCCUUCCCUCAAUUCCCUCCCUCAGUUCCUUCCCUCAGUUCCUUCCCUCAGUUCUUUCCCUCAGUUCCUUCCCUCAGUUCCUUCCCUCAGUUCCCUCCCUCAGUUCCCUCCCUCAGUUCCUUCCCUCAGUUCCUUCCCUCAGUUCCUUCCCUCAGUUCCUUCCCUCAGUUCCUUCCCUCAGUUCCUUCCCUCAGUUCCUUCCCUCAGUUCCUUCCCUCAGUUCCCUCCCUCAGUUCCCUCCCUCAGUUCCCUCCCUCAGUUCCUUCCCUCAGUUCCUUCCCUCAGUUCCUUCCCUCAGUUCCUUCCCUCAGUUCCUUCCCUCAGUUCUCUCCCUCAGUUCCCUCCCUCAGUUCCUUCCCUCAGUUCCUUCCCUCAGUUCCUUCCCUCAGUUCCUUCCCUCAGUUCCUUCCCUCAGUUCCCUCCCUCAGUUCCCUCCCUCAGUUCCUUCCCUCAGUUCCUUCCCUCAGUUCCUUCCCUCAGUUCCUUCCCUCAGUUCCCUCCCUCAGUUCCCUCCCUCAGUUCCCUCCCUCAGUUCCUUCCCUCAGUUCCUUCCCUCAGUUCCUUCCCUCAGUUCCUUCCCUCAGUUCCCUCCCUCAGUUCCCUCCCUCAGUUCCCUCCCUCAGUUCCCUCCCUCAGUUCCUUCCCUCAGUUCCUUCCCUCAGUUCCUUCCCUCAGUUCCUUCCCUCAGUUCCUUCCCUCAGUUCUCUCCCUCAGUUCCCUCCCUCAGUUCCUUCCCUCAGUUCCUUCCCUCAGUUCCUUCCCUCAGUUCCUUCCCUCAGUUCCUUCCCUCAGUUCCUUCCCUCAGUUCCUUCCCUCAGUUACCUCCCUCAGUUCCUUCCCUCAGUUCCUUCCCUCAGUUCCUUCCCUCAGUUCCUUCCCUCAGUUCUCUCCCUCAGUUCCCUCCCUCAGUUCCUUCCCUCAGUUCCUUCCCUCAGUUCCUUCCCUCAGUUCCUUCCCUCAGUUCCUUCCCUCAGUUCCUUCCUUUAGUUCCUUCCCUCAGUUCCCUCCCUCAGUUCCCUCCCUCAGUUCCCUCCCUCAGUUCCCUCCCUCAGUUCCUUCCCUCAGUUCCUUCCUUCAGUUCCUUCCCUCAGUUCCCUCCCUCAGUUCCUUCCCUCAGUUCCCUCCCUCAGUUCCCUCUCUCAGUUCCUUCCCUCAGUUCCUUCCCUCAGUUCCUUCCCUCAGUUCCCUCCCUCAGUUCCCCUCCCUGAGUUCCUUCCCUCAGUUCCUUCCCUCAGUUCCUUCCCUCAGUUCCUUCCCUCAGUUACCUCCCUCAGUUCCUUCCCUCAGUUCCUUCCCUCAGUUCCUUCCCUCAGUUCCUUCCCUCAGUUCCCUCCCUCAGUUCCCUCCCUCAGUUCCUUCCCUCAGUUCCUUCCCUCAGUUCCUUCCCUCAGUUCCCUCCCUCAGUUCCCUCCCUCAGUUCCUUCCCUCAGUUCCUUCCCUCAGUUCCUUCCCUCAGUUCCUUCCCUCAGUUCCUUCCCUCAGUUCCUUCCCUCAGUUCCUUCCCUCAGUUCCCUCCCUCAGUUCCCUCCCUCAGUUCCCUCCCUCAGUUCCUUCCCUCAGUUCCUUCCCUCAGUUCCCUCCCUCAGUUCCUUCCUUCAGUUCCUUCCCUCAGUUCCUUCCCUCAGUUCCUUCCCUCAGUUCCUUCCCUCAGUUCCCUCCCUCAGUUCCUUCCCUCAGUUCCUUCCUUCAGUACCCUCCCUCAGUUCCUUCCUUUAGUUCCUUCCCUCAGUUCCCUCCCUCAGUUCCCUCCCUCAGUUCCCUCCCUCAGUUCCCUCCCUCAGUUCCUUCCCUCAGUUCCUUCCUUCAGUUCCUUCCCUCAGUUCCCUCCCUCAGUUCCUUCCCUCAGUUCCCUCCCUCAGUUCCCUCUCUCAGUUCCUUCCCUCAGUUCCUUCCCUCAGUUCCUUCCCUCAGUUCCCUCCCUCAGUUCCCUCCCUCAGUUCCCUCCCUCAGUUCCUUCCCUCAGUUCCUUCCCUCAGUUCCUUCCCUCAGUUCCCUCCCUCAGUUCCCUCCCUCAGUUCCUUCCCUCAGUUCCUUCCCUCAGUUCCUUCCCUCAGUUCCUUCCCUCAGUUCCUUCCCUCAGUUCCUUCCCUCAGUUCCUUCCUCAGUUCCCUCCCUCAGUUCCCUCCCUCAGUUCCCUCCCUCAGUUCCUUCCCUCAGUUCCUUCCCUCAGUUCCCUCCCUCAGUUCCUUCCUUCAGUUCCUUCCCUCAGUUCCUUCCCUCAGUUCCUUCCCUCAGUUCCUUCCCUCAGUUCCCUCCCUCAGUUCCUUCCCUCAGUUCCUUCCUUCAGUACCCUCCCUCAGUUCCUUCCUUUAGUUCCUUCCCUCAGUUCCCUCCCUCAGUUCCCUCCCUCAGUUCCCUCCCUCAGUUCCCUCCCUCAGUUCCUUCCCUCAGUUCCUUCCUUCAGUUCCUUCCCUCAGUUCCCUCCCUCAGUUCCUUCUCUCAGUUCCCUCCCUCAGUUCCCUCUCUCAGUUCCUUCCCUCAGUUCCUUCCCUCAGUUCCUUCCCUCAGUUCCCUCCCUCAGUUCCCCUCCCUGAGUUCCUUCCCUCAGUUCCUUCCCUCAGUUCCUUCCCUCAGUUCCUUCCCUCAGUUCCCUCCCUCAGUUCCCUCCCUCAGUUCCGUCCCUCAGUUCCUUCCCUCAGUUCCUUCCCUCAAUUCCCUCCCUCAGUUCCUUCCCUCAGUUCCUUCCCUCAGUUCUUUCCCUCAGUUCCUUCCCUCAGUUCCUUCCCUCAGUUCCCUCCCUCAGUUCCCUCCCUCAGUUCCUUCCCUCAGUUCCUUCCCUCAGUUCCUUCCCUCAGUUCCUUCCCUCAGUUCCUUCCCUCAGUUCCUUCCCUCAGUUCCUUCCCUCAGUUCCUUCCCUCAGUUCCCUCCCUCAGUUCCCUCCCUCAGUUCCCUCCCUCAGUUCCUUCCCUCAGUUCCUUCCCUCAGUUCCUUCCCUCAGUUCCUUCCCUCAGUUCCUUCCCUCAGUUCUCUCCCUCAGUUCCCUCCCUCAGUUCCUUCCCUCAGUUCCUUCCCUCAGUUCCUUCCCUCAGUUCCUUCCCUCAGUUCCUUCCCUCAGUUCCUUCCCUCAGUUCCCUCCCUCAGUUCCCUUCCCUCAGUUCCUUCCCUCAGUUCCUUCCCUCAGUUCCUUCCCUCAGUUCCUUCCCUCAGUUCCCUCCCUCAGUUCCCUCCCUCAGUUCCCUCCCUCAGUUCCUUCCCUCAGUUCCUUCCUUCAGUUCCUUCCCUCAGUUCCCUCCCUCAGUUCCUUCCCUCAGUUCCCUCCCUCAGUUCCCUCUCUCAGUUCCUUCCCUCAGUUCCUUCCCUCAGUUCCUUCCCUCAGUUCCCUCCCUCAGUUCCCCUCCCUGAGUUCCUUCCCUCAGUUCCUUCCCUCAGUUCCUUCCCUCAGUUCCUUCCCUCAGUUACCUCCCUCAGUUCCUUCCCUCAGUUCCUUCCCUCAGUUCCUUCCCUCAGUUCCUUCCCUCAGUUCUCUCCCUCAGUUCCCUCCCUCAGUUCCUUCCCUCAGUUCCUUCCCUCAGUUCCUUCCCUCAGUUCCUUCCCUCAGUUCCUUCCCUCAGUUCCUUCCUUUAGUUCCUUCCCUCAGUUCCCUCCCUCAGUUCCCUCCCUCAGUUCCCUCCCUCAGUUCCCUCCCUCAGUUCCUUCCCUCAGUUCCUUCCUUCAGUUCCUUCCCUCAGUUCCCUCCCUCAGUUCCUUCCCUCAGUUCCCUCCCUCAGUUCCCUCUCUCAGUUCCUUCCCUCAGUUCCUUCCCUCAGUUCCUUCCCUCAGUUCCCUCCCUCAGUUCCCCUCCCUGAGUUCCUUCCCUCAGUUCCUUCCCUCAGUUCCUUCCCUCAGUUCCUUCCCUCAGUUACCUCCCUCAGUUCCUUCCCUCAGUUCCUUCCCUCAGUUCCUUCCCUCAGUUCCUUCCCUCAGUUCCCUCCCUCAGUUCCCUCCCUCAGUUCCUUCCCUCAGUUCCUUCCCUCAGUUCCUUCCCUCAGUUCCCUCCCUCAGUUCCCUCCCUCAGUUCCUUCCCUCAGUUCCUUCCCUCAGUUCCUUCCCUCAGUUCCUUCCCUCAGUUCCUUCCCUCAGUUCCUUCCCUCAGUUCCUUCCCUCAGUCCCUCCUCAGUUCCCUCCCUCAGUUCCCUCCCUCAGUUCCUUCCCUCAGUUCCUUCCCUCAGUUCCCUCCCUCAGUUCCUUCCUUCAGUUCCUUCCCUCAGUUCCUUCCCUCAGUUCCUUCCCUCAGUUCCUUCCCUCAGUUCCCUCCCUCAGUUCCUUCCCUCAUUCCCUCCCUCAGUUCCCUCCCUCAGUUCCCUCCCUCAGUUCCUUCCCUCAGUUCCUUCCUUCAGUUCCUUCCCUCAGUUCCCUCCCUCAGUUCCUUCCCUCAGUUCCCUCCCUCAGUUCCCUCUCUCAGUUCCUUCCCUCAGUUCCUUCCCUCAGUUCCUUCCCUCAGUUCCCUCCCUCAGUUCCCCUCCCUGAGUUCCUUCCCUCAGUUCCUUCCCUCAGUUCCUUCCCUCAGUUCCUUCCCUCAGUUACCUCCCUCAGUUCCUUCCCUCAGUUCCUUCCCUCAGUUCCUUCCCUCAGUUCCUUCCCUCAGUUCCCUCCCUCAGUUCCCUCCCUCAGUUCCUUCCCUCAGUUCCUUCCCUCAGUUCCUUCCCUCAGUUCCUUCCCUCAGUUCCUUCCCUCAGUUCCUUCCCUCAGUUCCCUCCCUCAGUUCCUUCCCUCAGUUCCUUCUCUCAGUUCCUUCCCUCAGUUCCUUCCCUCAGUUCCCCUCCCUGAGUUCCUUCCCUCAGUUCCUUCCCUCAGUUCCUUCCCUCAGUUCCUUCCCUCAGUUACCUCCCUCAGUUCCUUCCCUCAGUUCCUUCCCUCAGUUCCUUCCCUCAGUUCCCUCCCUCAGUUCCCUCCCUCAGUUCCCUCCCUCAGUUCCUUCCCUCAGUUCCUUCCCUCAGUUCCUUCCCUCAGUUCCUUCCCUCAGUUCCUUCCCUCAGUUCCUUCCCUCAGUUCCCUCCCUCAGUUCCUUCCCUCAGUUCCUUCUCUCAGUUCCUUCUCUCAGUUCCUUCCCUCAGUUCCUUCCCUCAGUUCCUUCCCUCAGUUCCCUCCCUCAGUUCCCCUCCCUGAGUUCCUUCCCUCAGUUCCUUCCCUCAGUUCCUUCCCUCAGUUCCUUCCCUCAGUUACCUCCCUCAGUUCCUUCCCUCAGUUCCUUCCCUCAGUUCCUUCCCUCAGUUCCUUCCCUCAGUUCCCUCCCUCAGUUCCCUCCCUCAGUUCCUUCCCUCAGUUCCUUCCCUCAGUUCCUUCCCUCAGUUCCUUCCCUCAGUUCCUUCCCUCAGUUCCUUCCCUCAGUUCCCUCCCUCAGUUCCUUCCCUCAGUUCCUUCUCUCAGUUCCUUCCCUCAGUUCCUUCCCUCAGUUCCCUCCCUCAGUUCCCUCCCUCAGUUCCCUCCCUCAGUUCCUUCCCUCAGUUCCUUCCCUCAGUUCCUUCCCUCAGUUCCUUCCCUCAGUUCCUUCCCUCAGUUCUCUCCCUCAGUUCCCUCCCUCAGUUCCUUCCCUCAGUUCCUUCCCUCAGUUCCUUCCCUCAGUUCCUUCCCUCAGUUCCUUCCCUCAGUUCCUUCCCUCAGUUCCCUCCCUCAGUUCCCUCCCUCAGUUCCUUCCCUCAGUUCCUUCCCUCAGUUCCUUCCCUCAGUUCCCUCCCUCAGUUCGUUCCCUCAGUUCCUUCCCUCAGUUCCCUCCCUCAGUUCCUUCCCUCAGUUCCUUCCCUCAGUUCCUUCCCUCAGUUCCCUCCCUCAGUUCCCUCCCUCAGUUCCGUCCCUCAGUUCCUUCCCUCAGUUCCUUCCCUCAGUUCCCUCCCUCAGUUCCCUCCCUCAGUUCCGUCCCUCAGUUCCUUCCCUCAGUUCCUUCCCUCAAUUCCCUCCCUCAGUUCCUUCCCUCAGUUCCUUCCCUCAGUUCUUUCCCUCAGUUCCUUCCCUCAGUUCCUUCCCUCAGUUCCCUCCCUCAGUUCCCUCCCUCAGUUCCUUCCCUCAGUUCCUUCCCUCAGUUCCUUCCCUCAGUUCCUUCCCUCAGUUCCUUCCCUCAGUUCCUUCCCUCAGUUCCUUCCCUCAGUUCCCUCCCUCAGUUCCCUCCCUCAGUUCCCUCCCUCAGUUCCUUCCCUCAGUUCCUUCCCUCAGUUCCUUCCCUCAGUUCCUUCCCUCAGUUCCUUCCCUCAGUUCUCUCCCUCAGUUCCCUCCCUCAGUUCCUUCCCUCAGUUCCUUCCCUCAGUUCCUUCCCUCAGUUCCUUCCCUCAGUUCCUUCCCUCAGUUCCUUCCCUCAGUUCCCUCCCUCAGUUCCCUCCCUCAGUUCCUUCCCUCAGUUCCUUCCCUCAGUUCCUUCCCUCAGUUCCUUCCCUCAGUUCCUUCCCUCAGUUCCCUCCCUCAGUUCCCUCCCUCAGUUCCCUCCCUCAGUUCCUUCCCUCAGUUCCUUCCCUCAGUUCCUUCCCUCAGUUCCUUCCCUCAGUUCCUUCCCUCAGUUCUCUCCCUCAGUUCCCUCCCUCAGUUCCUUCCCUCAGUUCCUUCCCUCAGUUCCUUCCCUCAGUUCCUUCCCUCAGUUCCUUCCCUCAGUUCCUUCCCUCAGUUCCCUCCCUCAGUUCCCUCCCUCAGUUCCUUCCCUCAGUUCCUUCCCUCAGUUCCCUCCCUCAGUUCGUUCCCUCAGUUCCUUCCCUCAGUUCCCUCCCUCAGUUCCUUCCCUCAGUUCCUUCCCUCAGUUCCUUCCCUCAGUUCCCUCCCUCAGUUCCCUCCCUCAGUUCCGUCCCUCAGUUCCUUCCCUCAGUUCCCUCCCUCAGUUCCCUCCCUCAGUUCCGUCCCUCAGUUCCUUCCCUCAGUUCCUUCCCUCAAUUCCCUCCCUCAGUUCCUUCCCUCAGUUCCUUCCCUCAGUUCUUUCCCUCAGUUCCUUCCCUCAGUUCCUUCCCUCAGUUCCCUCCCUCAGUUCCCUCCCUCAGUUCCUUCCCUCAGUUCCUUCCCUCAGUUCCUUCCCUCAGUUCCUUCCCUCAGUUCCUUCCCUCAGUUCCUUCCCUCAGUUCCUUCCCUCAGUUCCCUCCCUCAGUUCCCUCCCUCAGUUCCCUCCCUCAGUUCCUUCCCUCAGUUCCUUCCCUCAGUUCCUUCCCUCAGUUCCUUCCCUCAGUUCCUUCCCUCAGUUCUCUCCCUCAGUUCCCUCCCUCAGUUCCUUCCCUCAGUUCCUUCCCUCAGUUCCUUCCCUCAGUUCCUUCCCUCAGUUCCUUCCCUCAGUUCCUUCCCUCAGUUCCCUCCCUCAGUUCCCUCCCUCAGUUCCUUCCCUCAGUUCCUUCCCUCAGUUCCUUCCCUCAGUUCCUUCCCUCAGUUCCCUCCCUCAGUUCCCUCCCUCAGUUCCCUCCCUCAGUUCCUUCCCUCAGUUCCUUCCUUCAGUUCCUUCCCUCAGUUCCCUCCCUCAGUUCCUUCCCUCAGUUCCCUCCCUCAGUUCCCUCUCUCAGUUCCUUCCCUCAGUUCCUUCCCUCAGUUCCUUCCCUCAGUUCCUUCCCUCAGUUCCUUCCCUCAGUUCCUUCCCUCAGUUACCUCCCUCAGUUCCUUCCCUCAGUUCCUUCCCUCAGUUCCUUCCCUCAGUUCCUUCCCUCAGUUCUCUCCCUCAGUUCCCUCCCUCAGUUCCUUCCCUCAGUUCCUUCCCUCAGUUCCUUCCCUCAGUUCCUUCCCUCAGUUCCUUCCCUCAGUUCCUUCCUUUAGUUCCUUCCCUCAGUUCCCUCCCUCAGUUCCCUCCCUCAGUUCCCUCCCUCAGUUCCCUCCCUCAGUUCCUUCCCUCAGUUCCUUCCUUCAGUUCCUUCCCUCAGUUCCCUCCCUCAGUUCCUUCCCUCAGUUCCCUCCCUCAGUUCCCUCUCUCAGUUCCUUCCCUCAGUUCCUUCCCUCAGUUCCUUCCCUCAGUUCCCUCCCUCAGUUCCCCUCCCUGAUUCCUUCCCUCAGUUCCUUCCCUCAGUUCCCUCCCUCAGUUCCCUCCCUCAGUUCCUUCCCUCAGUUCCUUCCCUCAGUUCCUUCCCUCAGUUCCUUCCCUCAGUUCCUUCCCUCAGUUCCUUCCCUCAGUUCAAUCCCUCAGUUCCUUCCCUCAGUUCCCUCCCUCAGUUCCCUCCCUCAGUUCCCUCCCUCAGUUCCUUCCCUCAGUUCCUUCCCUCAGUUCCUUCCCUCAGUUCCUUCCCUCAGUUCCUUCCCUCAGUUCUCUCCCUCAGUUCCCUCCCUCAGUUCCUUCCCUCAGUUCCUUCCCUCAGUUCCUUCCCUCAGUUCCUUCCCUCAGUUCCUUCCCUCAGUUCCUUCCCUCAGUUCCCUCCCUCAGUUCCCUCCCUCAGUUCCUUCCCUCAGUUCCUUCCCUCAGUUCCUUCCCUCAGUUCCUUCCCUCAGUUCCUUCCCUCAGUUCCCUCCCUCAGUUCCCUCCCUCAGUUCCCUCCCUCAGUUCCUUCCCUCAGUUCCUUCCCUCAGUUCCUUCCCUCAGUUCCUUCCCUCAGUUCCUUCCCUCAGUUCUCUCCCUCAGUUCCCUCCCUCAGUUCCUUCCCUCAGUUCCUUCCCUCAGUUCCUUCCCUCAGUUCCUUCCCUCAGUUCCCUCCCUCAGUUCCCUCCCUCAGUUCCUUCCCUCAGUUCCUUCCCUAAGUUCCUUCCCUCAGUUCCCUCCCUCAGUUCGUUCCCUCAGUUCCUUCCCUCAGUUCCCUCCCUCAGUUCCUUCCCUCAGUUCCUUCCCUCAGUUCCUUCCCUCAGUUCCCUCCCUCAGUUCCCUCCCUCAGUUCCGUCCCUCAGUUCCUUCCCUCAGUUCCUUCCCUCAGUUCCCUCCCUCAGUUCCCUCCCUCAGUUCCGUCCCUCAGUUCCUUCCCUCAGUUCCUUCCCUCAAUUCCCUCCCUCAGUUCCUUCCCUCAGUUCCUUCCCUCAGUUCUUUCCCUCAGUUCCUUCCCUCAGUUCCUUCCCUCAGUUCCCUCCCUCAGUUCCCUCCCUCAGUUCCUUCCCUCAGUUCCUUCCCUCAGUUCCUUCCCUCAGUUCCUUCCCUCAGUUCCUUCCCUCAGUUCCUUCCCUCAGUUCCUUCCCUCAGUUCCUUCCCUCAGUUCCCUCCCUCAGUUCCCUCCCUCAGUUCCCUCCCUCAGUUCCUUCCCUCAGUUCCUUCCCUCAGUUCCUUCCCUCAGUUCCUUCCCUCAGUUCCUUCCCUCAGUUCUCUCCCUCAGUUCCCUCCCUCAGUUCCUUCCCUCAGUUCCUUCCCUCAGUUCCUUCCCUCAGUUCCUUCCCUCAGUUCCUUCCCUCAGUUCCUUCCCUCAGUUCCCUCCCUCAGUUCCCUCCCUCAGUUCCUUCCCUCAGUUCCUUCCCUCAGUUCCUUCCCUCAGUUCCUUCCCUCAGUUCCCUCCCUCAGUUCCCUCCCUCAGUUCCCUCCCUCAGUUCCUUCCCUCAGUUCCUUCCUUCAGUUCCUUCCCUCAGUUCCCUCCCUCAGUUCCUUCCCUCAGUUCCCUCUCUCAGUUCCCUCUCUCAGUUCCUUCCCUCAGUUCCUUCCCUCAGUUCCUUCCCUCAGUUCCCUCCCUCAGUUCCCCUCCCUGAGUUCCUUCCCUCAGUUCCUUCCCUCAGUUCCUUCCCUCAGUUCCUUCCCUCAGUUCCUUCCCUCAGUUCCUUCCCUCAGUUCCCUCCCUCAGUUCCCUCCCUCAGUUCCUUCCCUCAGUUCCUUCCCUCAGUUCCUUCCCUCAGUUCCUUCCCUCAGUUCCUUCCCUCAGUUCCUUCCCUCAGUUCCUUCCCUCAGUUCCCUCCCUCAGUUCCUUCCCUCAGUUCCUUCCCUCAGUUCCCUCCCUCAGUUCCCUCUCUCAGUUCCUUCCCUCAGUUCCUUCCCUCAGUUCCUUCCCUCAGUUCCCUCCCUCAGUUCCCCUCCCUGAGUUCCUUCCCUCAGUUCCUUCCCUCAGUUCCUUCCCUCAGUUCCUUCCCUCAGUUACCUCCCUCAGUUCCUUCCCUCAGUUCCUUCCCUCAGUUCCUUCCCUCAGUUCCUUCCCUCGGUUCCCUCCCUCAGUUCCCUCCCUCAGUUCCUUCCCUCAGUUCCUUCCCUCAGUUCCUUCCCUCAGUUCCUUCCCUCAGUUCCUUCCCUCAGUUCCUUCCCUCAGUUCCUUCCCUCAGUUCCCUCCCUCAGUUCCCUCCCUCAGUUCCUUCCCUCAGUUCCUUCCCUCAGUUCCUUCCCUCAGUUCCCUCCUUCAGUUCCUUCCCUCAGUUCCUUCCCUCAGUUCCUUCCUUCAGUUCCUUGCCUCAGUUCCUUCCCUCAGUUCCCUCCCUCAGUUCCCUCCCUCAGUUCCUUCCCUCAGUUCCUUCCCUCAGUUCCUUCCCUCAGUUCCCUCCCUCAGUUCCCUCCCUCAGUUCCGUCCCUCAGUUCCUUCCCUCAGUUCCUUCCCUCAGUUCCCUCCCUCAGUUCCCUCCCUCAGUUCCGUCCCUCAGUUCCUUCCCUCAGUUCCUUCCCUCAAUUCCCUCCCUCAGUUCCUUCCCUCAGUUCCUUCCCUCAGUUCUUUCCCUCAGUUCCUUCCCUCAGUUCCUUCCCUCAGUUCCCUCCCUCAGUUCCCUCCCUCAGUUCCUUCCCUCAGUUCCUUCCCUCAGUUCCUUCCCUCAGUUCCUUCCCUCAGUUCCUUCCCUCAGUUCCUUCCCUCAGUUCCUUCCCUCAGUUCCCUCCCUCAGUUCCCUCCCUCAGUUCCCUCCCUCAGUUCCUUCCCUCAGUUCCUUCCUUCAGUUCCUUCCCUCAGUUCCCUCCCUCAGUUCCUUCCCUCAAUUCCCUCCCUCAGUUCCUUCCCUCAGUUCCUUCCCUCAGUUCCUUCCCUCAGUUCCUUCCCUCAGUUCCUUCCCUCAGUUCCCUCCCUCAGUUCCCUCCCUCAGUUCCUUCCCUCAGUUCCUUCCCUCAGUUCCUUCCCUCAGUUCCUUCCCUCAGUUCCUUCCCUCAGUUCCUUCCCUCAGUUCCUUCCCUCAGUUCCUUCCCUCAGUUCCCUCCCUCAGUUCCCUCCCUCAGUUCCCUCCCUCAGUUCCUUCCCUCAGUUCCUUCCUUCAGUUCCUUCCCUCAGUUCCCUCUCUCAGUUCCUUCCCUCAGUUCCUUCCCUCAGUUCCUUCCCUCAGUUCCCUCCCUCAGUUCCCCUCCCUGAGUUCCUUCCCUCAGUUCCUUCCCUCAGUUCCUUCCCUCAGUUCCUUCCCUCAGUUACCUCCCUCAGUUCCUUCCCUCAGUUCCUUCCCUCAGUUCCUUCCCUCAGUUCCUUCCCUCAGUUCCCUCCCUCAGUUCCCUCCCUCAGUUCCUUCCCUCAGUUCUUUCCCUCAGUUCCUUCCCUCAGUUCCUUCCCUCAGUUCCUUCCCUCAGUUCCUUCCCUCAGUUCCCUCCCUCAGUUCCCUCCCUCAGUUCCCUCCCUCAGUUCCUUCCCUCAGUUCCUUCCCUCAGUUCCCUCCCUCAGUUCCUUCCUUCAGUUCCUUCCCUCAGUUCCUUCCCUCAGUUCCUUCCCUCAGUUCCUUCCCUCAGUUCCCUCCCUCAGUUCCUUCCCUCAGUUCCUUCCUUCAGUACCCUCCCUCAGUUCCUUCCUUUAGUUCCUUCCCUCAGUUCCCUCCCUCAGUUCCCUCCCUCAGUUCCCUCCCUCAGUUCCCUCCCUCAGUUCCUUCCCUCAGUUCCUUCCUUCAGUUCCUUCCCUCAGUUCCCUCCCUCAGUUCCUUCCCUCAGUUCCCUCCCUCAGUUCCCUCUCUCAGUUCCUUCCCUCAGUUCCUUCCCUCAGUUCCUUCCCUCAGUUCCCUCCCUCAGUUCCCCUCCCUGAGUUCCUUCCCUCAGUUCCUUCCCUCAGUUCCUUCCCUCAGUUCCUUCCCUCAGUUACCUCCCUCAGUUCCUUCCCUCAGUUCCUUCCCUCAGUUCCUUCCCUCAGUUCCUUCCCUCAGUUCCCUCCCUCAGUUCCCUCCCUCAGUUCCUUCCCUCAGUUCCUUCCCUCAGUUCCUUCCCUCAGUUCCUUCCCUCAGUUCCUUCCCUCAGUUCCUUCCCUCAGUUCCCUCCCUCAGUUCCCUCCCUCAGUUCCCUCCCUCAGUUCCCUCCCUCAGUUCCUUCCCUCAGUUCCUUCCUUCAGUUCCUUCCCUCAGUUCCCUCCCUCAGUUCCUUCCCUCAGUUCCCUCCCUCAGUUCCCUCUCUCAGUUCCUUCCCUCAUUCCUUCCCUCAGUUCCUUCCCUCAGUUACCUCCCUCAGUUCCUUCCCUCAGUUCCUUCCCUCAGUUCCUUCCCUCAGUUCCUUCCCUCAGUUCCCUCCCUCAGUUCCCUCCCUCAGUUCCUUCCCUCAGUUCCUUCCCUCAGUUCCUUCCCUCAGUUCCUUCCCUCAGUUCCUUCCCUCAGUUCCUUCCCUCAGUUCCCUCCCUCAGUUCCCUCCCUCAGUUCCCUCCCUCAGUUCCUUCCCUCAGUUCCUUCCCUCAGUUCCCUCCCUCAGUUCCUUCCUUCAGUUCCUUCCCUCAGUUCCUUCCCUCAGUUCCUUCCCUCAGUUCCUUCCCUCAGUUCCCUCCCUCAGUUCCUUCCCUCAGUUCCUUCCAUCAGUACCCUCCCUCAGUUCCUUCCUUUAGUUCCUUCCCUCAGUUCCUUCCCUCAGUUCCCUCCCUCAGUUCCCUCCCUCAGUUCCUUCCCUCAGUUACUUCCUUCAGUUCCUUCCCUCAGUUCCCUCCCUCAGUUCCUUCCCUCAGUUCCUUCCCUCAGUUCCCUCCCUCAGUUCCCUCCCUCAGUUCCGUCCCUCAGUUCCUUCCCUCAGUUCCUUCCCUCAAUUCCCUCCCUCAGUUCCUUCCCUCAGUUCCUUCCCUCAGUUCCUUCCCUCAGUUCCUUCCCUCAGUUCCCUCCCUCAGUUCCCUCCCUCAGUUCCUCCCUCAGUUCCUUCCCUCAGUUCCUUCCCUCAGUUCCUUCCCUCAGUUCCUUCCCUCAGUUCCUUCCCUCAGUUCCUUCCCUCAGUUCCUUCCCUCAGUUCCUUCCCUCAGUUCCCUCCCUCAGUUCCCUCCCUCAGUUCCCUCCCUCAGUUCCCUCCCUCAGUUCCUUCCCUCAGUUCCUUCCUUCAGUUCCUUCCCUCAGUUCCCUCCCUCAGUUCCUUCCCUCAGUUCCCUCCCUCAGUUCCCUCCCUCAGUUCCCUCCCUCAGUUCCUUCCCUCAGUUCCUUCCCUCAGUUCCUUCCCUCAGUUCCCUCCCUCAGUUCCCCUCCCUCAGUUCCUUCCCUCAGUUCCUUCCCUCAGUUCCUUCCCUCAGUUCCUUCCCUCAGUUCCCUCCCUCAGUUCCUUCCCUCAGUUCCUUCCCUCAGUUCCUUCCCUCAGUUCCUUCCCUCAGUUCCUUCCCUCAGUUCCUUCCCUCAGUUCCCUCCCUCAGUUCCCUCCCUCAGUUCCCUCCCUCAGUUCCUUCCCUCAGUUCCUUCCCUCAGUUCCCUCCCUCAGUUCCUUCCUUCAGUUCCUUCCCUCAGUUCCUUCCCUCAGUUCCUUCCCUCAGUUCCUUCCCUCAGUUCCCUCCCUCAGUUCCUUCCCUCAGUUCCUUCCUUCAGUACCCUCCCUCAGUUCCUUCCUUUAGUUCCUUCCCUCAGUUCCUUCCCUCAGUUCCCUCCCUCAGUUCCCUCCCUCAGUUCCUUCCCUCAGUUCCUUCCCUCAGUUCCUUCCCUCAGUUCCUUCCCUCAGUUCCUUCCCUCAGUUCCUUCCCUCAGUUCCCUCCCUCAGUUCCUUCCUUCAGUUCCUUCCCUCAGUUCCUUCCCUCAGUUCCUUCCCUCAGUUCCUUCCCUCAGUUCCCUCCCUCAGUUCCUUCCCUCAGUUCCUUCCUUCAGUACCCUCCCUCAGUUCCUUCCUUUAGUUCCUUCCCUCAGUUCCCUCCCUCAGUUCCCUCCCUCAGUUCCCUCCCUCAGUUCCUUCCCUCAGUUCCUUCCUUCAGUUCCUUCCCUCAGUUCCCUUCCUCAGUUCCUUCCCUCAGUUCCCUCCCUCAGUUCCCUCUCUCAGUUCCUUCCCUCAGUUCCUUCCCUCAGUUCCUUCCCUCAGUUCCCUCCCUCAGUUCCCCUCCCUGAGUUCCUUCCCUCAGUUCCUUCCCUCAGUUCCUUCCCUCAGUUCCUUCCCUCAGUUACCUCCCUCAGUUCCUUCCCUCAGUUCCUUCCCUCAGUUCCUUCCCUCAGUUCCUUCCCUCAGUUCCCUCCCUCAGUUCCCUCCCUCAGUUCCUUCCCUCAGUUCCUUCCCUCAGUUCCUUCCCUCAGUUCCUUCCCUCAGUUCCUUCCCUCAGUUCCUUCCCUCAGUUCCUUCCCUCAGUUCCCUCCCUCAGUUCCCUCCCUCAGUUCCCUCCCUCAGUUCCCUCCCUCAGUUCCUUCCCUCAGUUCCUUCCUUCAGUUCCUUCCCUCAGUUCCCUCCCUCAGUUCCUUCCCUCAGUUCCCUCCCUCAGUUCCCUCUCUCAGUUCCUUCCCUCAGUUCCUUCCCUCAGUUCCUUCCCUCAGUUCCCUCCCUCAGUUCCCCUCCCUGAGUUCCUUCCCUCAGUUCCUUCCCUCAGUUCCUUCCCUCAGUUCCUUCCCUCAGUUACCUCCCUCAGUUCCUUCCCUCAGUUCCUUCCCUCAGUUCCUUCCCUCAGUUCCUUCCCUCAGUUCCCUCCCUCAGUUCCCUCCCUCAGUUCCUUCCCUCAGUUCCUUCCCUCAGUUCCUUCCCUCAGUUCCUUCCCUCAGUUCCUUCCCUCAGUUCCUUCCCUCAGUUCCCUCCCUCAGUUCCCUCCCUCAGUUCCCUCCCUCAGUUCCUUCCCUCAGUUCCUUCCCUCAGUUCCCUCCCUCAGUUCCUUCCUUCAGUUCCUUCCCUCAGUUCCUUCCCUCAGUUCCUUCCCUCAGUUCCUUCCCUCAGUUCCCUCCCUCAGUUCCUUCCCUCAGUUCCUUCCUUCAGUACCCUCCCUCAGUUCCUUCCUUUAGUUCCUUCCCUCAGUUCCUUCCCUCAGUUCCCUCCCUCAGUUCCCUCCCUCAGUUCCUUCCCUCAGUUCCUUCCUUCAGUUCCUUCCCUCAGUUCCCUCCCUCAGUUCCUUCCCUCAGUUCCUUCCCUCAGUUCCCUCCCUCAGUUCCCUCCCUCAGUUCCGUCCCUCAGUUCCUUCCCUCAGUUCCUUCCCUCAAUUCCCUCCCUCAGUUCCUUCCCUCAGUUCCUUCCCUCAGUUCCUUCCCUCAGUUCCUUCCCUCAGUUCCCUCCCUCAGUUCCCUCCCUCAGUUCCUUCCCUCAGUUCCUUCCCUCAGUUCCUUCCCUCAGUUCCUUCCCUCAGUUCCUUCCCUCAGUUCCUUCCCUCAGUUCCUUCCCUCAGUUCCUUCCCUCAGUUCCCUCCCUCAGUUCCCUCCCUCAGUUCCCUCCCUCAGUUCCCUCCCUCAGUUCCUUCCCUCAGUUCCUUCCUUCAGUUCCUUCCCUCAGUUCCCUCCCUCAGUUCCUUCCCUCAGUUCCCUCCCUCAGUUCCCUCCCUCAGUUCCCUCCCUCAGUUCCUUCCCUCAGUUCCUUCCUUCAGUUCCUUCCCUCAGUUCCCUCCCUCAGUUCCUUCCCUCAGUUCCCUCCCUCAGUUCCCUCCCUCAGUUCCCUCCCUCAGUUCCCUCCCUCAGUUCCCUCCCUCAGUUCCUUCCCUCAGUUCCUUCCCUCAGUUCCCUCCCUCAGUUCCUUCCUUCAGUUCCUUCCCUCAGUUCCUUCCCUCAGUUCCUUCCCUCAGUUCCUUCCCUCAGUUCCCUCCCUCAGUUCCUUCCCUCAGUUCCUUCCUUCAGUACCCUCCCUCAGUUCCUUCCUUUAGUUCCUUCCCUCAGUUCCUUCCCUCAGUUCCCUCCCUCAGUUCCCCUCCCUCAGUUCCUUCCCUCAGUUCCUUCCCUCAUUCCUUCCCUCAGUUCCCUCCCUCAGUUCCCUCCCUCAGUUCCUUCCCUCAGUUCCUUCCCUCAGUUCCUUCCCUCAGUUCCUUCCCUCAGUUCCUUCCCUCAGUUCCUUCCCUCAGUUCCCUCCCUCAGUUCCCUCCCUCAGUUCCCUCCCUCAGUUCCUUCCCUCAGUUCCUUCCCUCAGUUCCCUCCCUCAGUUCCUUCCUUCAGUUCCUUCCCUCAGUUCCUUCCCUCAGUUCCUUCCCUCAGUUCCUUCCCUCAGUUCCCUCCCUCAGUUCCUUCCCUCAGUUCCUUCCUUCAGUACCCUCCCUCAGUUCCUUCCUUUAGUUCCUUCCCUCAGUUCCUUCCCUCAGUUCCCUCCCUCAGUUCCCUCCCUCAGUUCCUUCCCUCAGUUCCUUCCCUCAGUUCCUUCCCUCAGUUCCUUCCCUCAGUUCCUUCCCUCAGUUCCUUCCCUCAGUUCCUUCCCUCAGUUCCCUCCCUCGGUUCCCUCCCUCAGUUCCUUCCCUCAGUUCCUUCCCUCAGUUCCCUCCCUCAGUUCCUUCCCUCAGUUCCCUCCCUCAGUUCCCUCCCUCAGUUCCUUCCCUCAGUUCCUUCCCUCAGUUCCUUCCCUCAGUUCUUUCCCUCAGUUCCUUCCCUCAGUUCCUUCCCUCAGUUCCUUCCCUCAGUUCCCUCCCUCAGUUCCCUCCCUCAGUUCCCUCCCUCAGUUCCCUCCCUCAGUUCCUUCCCUCAGUUCCCUCCCUCAGUUCCCUCCCUCAGUUCCCUCCCUCAGUUCCUUCCCUCAGUUCCUUCCCUCAGUUCCUGCCCUCAGUUCCUUCCCUCAGUUCCUUCCCUCAGUUCCUUCCCUCAGUUCCUUCCCUCAGUUCCCUCCCUCAGUUCCCUCCCUCAGUUCCUUCCCUCAGUUCCCUCCCUCAGUUCCCUCCCUCAGUUCCCUCCCUCAGUUCCUUCCUUCAGUUCCCUCCCUCAGUUCCUUCCCUCAGUUCCUUCCCUCAGUUCCUUCCCUCAGUUCCUUCCCUCAGUUCCUUCCCUCAGUUCCUUCCCUCAGUUCCUUCCCUCAGUCCCUCCUCAGUUCCCUCCCUCAGUUCCCUCCCUCAGUUCCCUCCCUCAGUUCCUUCCCUCAGUUCCUUCCCUCAGUUCCUUCCCUCAGUUCCUUCCCUCAGUUCCUUCCCUCAGUUCCCUCCCUCAGUUCCCUCCCUCAGCUCCUUCCCUCAGUUCCUUCCCUCAGUUCCUUCCCUCAGUUCCUUCCCUCAGUUCCUUCCCUCAGUUCCUUCCCUCAGUUCCUUCCAGGGGUUUUUUUCUCGCCCCCCUUUGUAUCCCCCCUCUGUCUCCUCUGAUUCCUCCCUCUCUUUCCUCCCUCUGUCGCCUCUCACUCUGUUUUCCUCCCUCUGUAUCCUCCCCCUAUAACCUCACUCUCUGUUUUCCUACCUCUGUAUCCUCCCUCUUUAACCUCUCUCCCUUCCUUCCUCUGUAUCUUCCCUCUGGUACCUCUCCCUCUGGUUUCCUACCUCUGUACCCUCUGUCGUCUCUCUCCGUUUCCUCCCUAAGAAGCAGGACACUCAUGUUCGGUGGCACAUGA